GACGUCAAAGAACUGCAACACCUUCCAAACAAUUAAUUUUUAUAAAAUCAUUUCAAACGUCAACUAGGUAACAAUUUUUAACAACUAAGAAUUUUAUGUCAGCGCUUGGUUCAAAAGUAAACAAAAAUGUACUCCACGAUAUUCCAUUUAUUAAACCUAUGCUGUACAUUCGUUUGCUAUUGGUGAUUCUACAGGUUAUUUUCAACCAUCUCAUACCUGACCAUCAAUCAGAUGGAUUUCAAUCCCCUUACAAGCUGAUUCCUACCAACUCUACAUUGUUAGAUACAAUUGUAGACUACACAUUGGGUGGAUUUGCACGCUGGGACGGGCAAUAUUUUCUCCAUAUUUCAACUCUAGGUUACACCCAUGAAAAUUGCCUUGCAUUCUUCCCUGCUUAUCCCCUUCUUUUACGUUUCACAUCAGUUUGUCUUUCAUUCCUUAGUUGCCACACACUAACUUACUGGAAUUCCACAUUACUUGGCAGUAUUAUUAUAAAUACUGUUUGUUUUAUAAUUGCUGCAUAUUUUUUAUUCUUGAUUACGGAUAAGUUGUUUAAUAACUCAAAUUUUGCCCUUCAAACAUGGAAACUAUUUUGCAUUUCACCUGCAACCAUAUUUUUCCUGGCGCCCUAUUCUGAAUCCCUCUUUAGUGCCCUUACUUUUGGUGGUAUUUACAACUGCAUUGAGUACAAGUUUCUUACAGCUAGCAUUUUCUUUGCUGGUUCAGGUCUCACUAGAUCUAAUGGUCUUGUAAACAUUGGAUUUUUGCUUUAUUUUGCUGUAAAGAAAACCUUCAGUACCAAAUGGAAAGGUGUGCCAACUUUAGUUGCCAGAAUAUUAAUUUCAGUCAUAAUAACUGUUUUUCCAUUUCUCUGUUAUCAGUACUAUGCUUUUACACUUUUUUGUUUCCACAAACCUCAUCGUCUUCCAACGGUUAUUCACAAUUACUUGGUGGACAGAAAUUUUACUGUUCGUGGAGAAAGAAUCCCACAUUGGUGCGAACAGAGCAUUCCUUUUUCAUAUUCGGUUAUCCAAUCCCAAUAUUGGAAUGUAGGAUUCUUACGCUAUUUUGAGUGGAAACAACUACCAAAUUUUCUCCUGGCUGCACCCAUUCUAUGUCUGGUCUUUCUUUAUUCACUGAAGUAUUUCAAACAAAACUUUCACAUUGUGUCGCGUUACAAUUCAUUCACAAGUGGCCAAUCACAAAUAAGUCAUCCCAUUUUCCGUCCUGCUGCCGGUGUGUUUGCCGCUCAUUCCAUAUUUCUGGGCCUUUUCACUUUUUUCUUCGCUCAUGUUCAGAUCUCCACUCGUUUGAUUGGAUCUUCAUGUCCAGCAGUCUACUGGAUGAUGACUUGGAUGAUGGAUGGAAAAUUGGCUAGCAAACGGAACUUAAUGGAACAAUGGAACCCGCUUCGACAGAAAAAUCUUUCCACUACAGGAAAAUGUGUACGUUUCUAUUGUUUGUCGUACGUGGUUAUUGGAACUGUCAUGUUUGUCAAUCACCUACCUUGGACUUAAAUAAUAAACUUAUUGCGUAGA